UUCUUCAUUUCAGCUCCAUAUGCAUUCAUAGAAACAUUGAGAGAGCGGAUGUUCAAACCCUCUUUGUCUACUAUCGUUGGUGAACAGACCAAGGUUGCAAUUGCUUCACCAUUAGAUCCUGUCUAUGUUGCCGCGAAAAAGAUGCGUGAGUUGCAGGUUAAUUCAAUUAUCAUUGCCACAGGGAACAAAAUUCAAGGGAUACUCACUUCGAAGGAUAUCCUCAUGCGUGUUGUGGCACAAAAUCAUUCUCCUGAUUUGACCCUGGUGGAAAAGGUAAUGACAGCAAACCCUGAAUGUGCAACAUUAGAGACAACAAUCCUUGAUGCGUUGCAUAUAAUGCAUGAUGGGAAGUUUUUACAUCUUCCAGUUGUGGAUAAAGAGGGUUCUCUUGCUGCCUGUAUAGAUGUUCUGCACAUAACUCAUGCGGCAAUUUCGAUGGUUGAGAGUAGUUCUGGAGCUGUUAAUGAUGUGGCAAACACAAUGAUGCAAAAGUUUUGGGAUUCUGCCUUAGCUUUAGAUCCACCGGAUGAUUAUGACACUCAGAGUGAAAUGUCUGCAAUAAUGACAUCAGAUGGGACUGACGUUGGGAAGUAUGCUUACCCAUCUCUUGGUCUUGGAAAUUCUUUUGCUUUCAAAUUUGUGGAUCUCAAGGGUCGAGUACAUCGUUUCAAUUUUGGCACUGAAAAUUUAGGUGAGCUUACUUCUGCUGUAUUGCAGAGGAUUGGUAUUCUUAAUGGUCAAGAUCAUCCUCAACUUAUGUACGAGGAUGAUGAAGGCGACAAAGUUUUACUUGCAACUGAGGGUGAUCUUAUUGGCGCUGUCAACCAUGCUAGAACAGCAGGAUUGAAGGCUUUAAGGUUGCAUCUUGAUUUUUCUGAUUCCAGUCAGCAAACAGUAACUCAGGCGGGUAAGAUGACUGCUGAGAGGACUGGAUGGGGUUCUUUCCACUCUGCUAUCUUGGCGGGUGCAGUUGUUUUAACUGGCAUUGGUGUUCUGGCCUAUGUGAAGCGCUCGACGUUGUGAAAUUAUACCAGGAAAGUUGACCGAUCGAUCAAGAAUUAUUCCUAGCAUCUGAUAAUGUUUGUUGGCAGAGCUUCGGAAAGAAACUGUUCACUGAUUUCGGGCAUAGGGGAAAUCUCUCUCCUUGUAUUAUAGCCUCAGAUUGAAUGCUGAGGUACAGGGAGCGCACGAUAUAAAGCUAUCCUUGAAAUUGUAAGAAAUAGCUUUUUCUUUUUGACAUUUCUGUCAAGGAAAGCCUGAGACAAGGAUAACUUGCUCGUGACUUGAUAACUCAGGUUUACUCGCAUGAAGUUUUUAUGGCCCUAGUAGAUGUGUAACUUGUAUAAAAUGCAAUUACUUUUAUGAAUUUUUAAAUUGAGGAUUUUCAAAUCUAUAUAUUUUGGUCAAA